UUGACGUCAUUAUGUUACCCUGGCCCGGCUAGCUGUCAUAUGCGUAACAGGGAAGGCAUGACAUGGAGCUAAAUUUUCCCAUCUGCAGUUAUAUAUGCGGCCUGGCUUGUUAAAUCGAUCUAAGGAAUUGUCAGUUAUAUGUACCAAGUUAGAGGCCUUUCCGUUUCGACUUCUCGAAAAAGCAGUAGCUCGCUAACCCGAUAGCUACCUUCUAACUUAAGGUGAAGAUAACCACUUGCAUACUGAAAGCAUGGCGUUAAUCCUGUUUACAAGAUCUCGGGCACCUUUAAUGAAAACGUCUCGAUCCCUAAAGAAUGAAUUCAGGAAAGGCAAAGGGAAAUUACAAGAGGGUUCCUAUUUCAGCUGCACAGCCUUCACACUUUCCAGUCAAAAACCUGAUGGGCUCCGACUCGGCAGCUUGGCUCAGGUCUCUUCGUUCGGUCCUUCCUUGCCCGUGUCAGAUGAAUUUGUGGGUCCCUGUCAGAGCUCAGACGCACAGCGGCUCUACUGCGCUUUUGCGUCGGGCGCUUCCUCUUCAAUGUACCCUGCGGUCGGAGUGGGGCCCCAAUGGACGAUAGUACGACCGCGAGAUAUCUCUGGUGUCAGGUGGAUACAUACCACGAGGAGGAGAUGGGAUGACUCCAAGGUGGAGAAGUCGCUGCGUUCGUUAAAGGAUAAGAAGAAGCUGGAGGAAGGAGGGCCGGUGUACAGCCCGACACUGGACGCAGAGCCUGUCCGAAGGACGCUCCGACAGUGGGUUGUAGAUGAAAUCAAGCACUACUACCAUGGCUUCAGGCUGCUUUGGAUCGAUACCACCAUUGCUGGGCGGAUGUUCUGGAGGGUGCUGAACGGACAUCCUCUGUCUCGCCGUGAGAGGAGACAGUUUCUCAGAACAUGUGCUGAUGUCUUCAGACUUCUUCCUUUCCUGGUGUUUAUCAUCGUUCCCUUCAUGGAGUUCCUGCUUCCUGUAGCUCUGAAACUCUUCCCCAACAUGCUGCCGUCCACCUUUGAGACACAGACAAAGAAGGAGGAGAGGUUGAAAAAGGAGCUGAGGGUCAAACUGGAGAUGGCCAAGUUCUUGCAGGACACCAUUGAGGAGAUCGCUCUGAGGAAUAAGGCAGCAAAAGGCGACGUGACGGAGGAAUUCUCCACCUUCUUCCAAAAGAUCCGGGACUCUGGGGAGCGUCCCAGUAAUGAGCAGAUCAUAAAGUUCUCCAAACUGUUUGAGGACGAGCUGACGCUGGACAACCUGACUCGACCUCAGCUCGUGGCGCUCUGUCGUCUCCUGGAGCUCCAGUCAAUUGGGACCAACAACUUCCUCCGCUUCCAGCUCAUCAUGAAGCUGAGGGCCAUCCGCGCAGACGACAAGCUGAUAGCAGAGGAGGGGGUGGAAAGCCUGAAUGUGAACGAAGUGCAGGCAGCGUGUCGUGUCAGAGGGAUGAGAUCUCUGGGAGUCACAGAAGAACGACUAAGAGAACAACUCGGCCAGUGGUUGGAGCUGCAUCUCAACCAGCAGAUCCCCACCUCUCUGCUGCUUUUGUCUCGAGCCAUGUACCUCCCAGAUACCCUGUCUCCUGCAGACCAGCUGAAAACCACGCUGCAAACACUUCCUGAAAUGGUGACCAAAGAGGCCCAGUUAAUGGCGGCGGAGUUGGAGCUCUCCAAAGUGGAUAACAAGACCAAACUGGAGACCAUGCUUCAGGAGGAGGCAGCCAUACGGCAGGACAACAAGGACCGAGAGAUGGAGAGGCUGGCUGAUGCUGCAGAGAAGGCUGCCAGGGAGGGUGAACCAGAGCUUCAAGCAGAGAGGAUGAAGCGCAGUGAGGCCGAGCCAGCUUCAUCUAAAGCCGAAAAGGCAGCCGAUUCAGAGACACUGAAGGACACCGCACCCAUUAUAGAGGGACUCAAGUUUGAGCAGUGGCAGAGGUUUCUGCGUUUCCAGGCAGAGGAGAUCACCAAGGAAGAGAUUGACCUGCUGAGUGAUGCCUGCUCAAAGCUGAAGGAGCAGAAGAAACUGCUGACUCUGGAGAAAGAGGAGCUGGAAGAGCUGAAGGAUGAUGUCCAGGAGUACAAUGAGGAUCUGGAGGAGAUAAAAAAGGAGCUCUCCAAGACUGGUCAGGAGAAGGCCAUAGAGGAGUCAAAGGCCAGCCAGCGGCUUUCUAAGAGGGUGAACCGUAUGAUCGGUCGCAUUGACAAGAUCAUCCUGGAGCUGGAGAAGGACAAGGUCAUCCUGGAUGGACAGAUGGACAGUGGAUCCACCCCACCUGUUGGUCUGUUCUAUACCUUUAGGGAGAACCUGGUCAGCAUCGACGAGCUCAUCAACAUCAUGCGACAGAUCCAGAACAUUCCCGAGCACAAGCUGCAGAGCAUCGCCGAGGCUCUCGACGACAACAAGGACGGGAAGAUUGACAUCGACGACGUCAUCAAAGUAGUGGAACUGAUCGACAAGGAGGACAUCGACAUCUCCACCUCACAGGUGGCCGACAUCAUGGUGAUGCUUCAGAAAGAGGAGAAGCUGAUGGGGAAGGAAAAGGCCAAAGAGAAGGCAGAGAAGGAACAGGCAGCCACACUCAAAAGUUAACUCAUUUUGCUUCAGAGACACGAGUGUUUGUAAAAAAUGAGCACUCUCCAUUGUGACUGGUAUCUGGUCAUAGAGGACUCUGGACACCAGGUUGAUCUGGAGAGGUCGAGAACCGCAAGGUAACAGCUGCCUUCUUCUGAAAAUGUCAUUCUGCUACAAAUUGAGCUCCUAAAAAUAAAAAAUAAGAAAUCUUCAGAGAAGGCUUGUUGCCUUUUAAAAUGUACAAAUUCAACAAGAAACUAAAUUUCUGUCAUGUUAAAAAAUUAAGUAAGAUGUGUGGUAGUUUUACUUCAGUAUUUAUCAGUGCAGGGAGCACAGUGACAUGGAAUUGAAAGCUAAUCGGAAAAAUGGUUUGGGAAAUGUGUUAUCAGACGUGUUAUUUAAAGUUGUAGGUGAACCGUCUUGCCUUUCAGUUCGUUCAUGUCAUCAUCUCGGAGAAAUGAGCGAUCAUUUCCGAACUUUGCACAGUCAACAUUGUCAUUUCUGUCAUUCCGCUCACUUUAUUUCCUCUUAUAUUUUAUUUAUCCACCUCAUACCUGUUUGUAAAGUUUUUUUAAGUUGUACUUGGGCAGGUAGCUUAUCGCUGGCUAUAACGGUGGCUGCAACCAAAGAUGUUAUUGGUAUUGGAAACAACACAAAAAUACUCAAAACAUGUUGAAAUUACAGGUUAAAAACAAUCCAUUUUAAAAAGGGGCUUCUAGCGAUUAUAUGCUAAAAACUAUUUAGGUUUUUCUUAGAUAGGACAUCAAACUUUUUCCAUGAAAACCAAAACUAUAGUACUGCAAUUUCUUUACAUUUUGCACUCACAAAUGGGGAAAAAGUACAUUUAGUGCAGCUCUUCAUAGAUCUUCACUCGUAGCUCUUUAUUUAAUGCCAAAGUUGCACUGAGAUGCAUUAAUAGCACAUUCGAGGUACUCCUAAAGUCAUCAGACAAAACAGCAAAGAUGGAUUUAAACUGUGUAGGAUCAGUGUAGGGACAGAAGCCACCAAUUAAAUGCGUCUGAUGCUGCUGUGACAAGUCAGUUGGGCUGUCCCCGAAUGGUCCUUCGUUGGGUUCGUGUUCGCCCUUCAGUUUGGAUAUUGAGAUGUUGUUGUUGUUGUAGCGUUUUAGCAGCUAUGAUGUUUUGCUUGUUCGCUCUCUCAGAGCAGCCUUCGUUAUCCGUCGCUAAGGCUUUAAAUGUUCCUUGUUGAUUUCUACCGAAGCACGCAAACCCAACAAACGAUACUGGGGACGGCAAAGUUUAGGAAAGUAAGAGAUUCAUUUUGCAGUAAUUAGUCUGGAAAUCGUCCGCUCAGGCGAUAGAUGAGUUCAUGAGUUGUGUCGUAGUUGUCAUCGUUUAAAUGCAAAGUGGCCUUCUUAUCACACAAAUUUUAUGGUUCUUAUAACACUGCAUAUUUAUUUCUGAGGAUUUUUAAGAAUUUAACGGAGUUGUGACGUUUUCGAUUUGCAUAAUAAUUAAAUUCUGAACAAAUUUGGAUGAAUUUAAAAUUUUAGUCCUGUCUUUUUUUCCUUUUUUGUUCUUUGCACUGUAGCCAUGAAUGUACGUAGUAUGUAAACAAGAUUCCUCAGGGCUGUGUGAUGAUUUUAGAUGAUUAAAUAUGUCCUGCUACCUAUCCACAUAUCCCAUUCUGUGUUCACACUGCAUCAGCUUUUCAAUGAAAUUUUAAACAAUGCUAACUGCACAUUUCGAUCAGGGGUGCAGUUAAUUAUUAUUUUGCUUAUUGGUGCUUCCUAAAAACUUAAAAUAGAGUGAGGAAAAUGCCCCCUAGAAGACUCCAACCUCAUGUUUCCAGUUCGCUAAUCCCUCUAAUAAAUGAAUGGAAAACAAAUAUGUAUAAUAAUGACAUUUGAUUCCCUAACCAUUAAUGGUGCUGACAGUAUUUGAUAAAUAUUUUUUUUCUGUCUAAUUAUCAUUAUUAUGCAGCAUUUUGAAGACACGUUGACAUUUCUGACAUCUAAAUGAUGUGAAAUGUAAUCUUAAUGAACUGAUUCAUGGGGGAAAAGGGAUCAAAUAGAAGAAUUUCAGACAGAUGUAUCUAAUAACCUCAGAUAAAAACUCUUGGUAGUGAUGAAAUCCAAAAAUCUGAUUGCUUCUUUGACCGCUGGUGAAUUUCUCACAUAACUGGCUUCCUGUCCAGCCACACGCGGGUGCCGCGUGAACCCACCGUAACGCCUCCAGCCGCCUCUGUCUGAUGAGCUGACCUAGUUUACGGUCUUUGCCGCCGCUCUGGUGUUCCUCCUGCAUAAUCAGAGAAGAACUCGGGUGUAAACGAGGGUGACGGAGUGGUACUUAAGAUAAUGCUGAGUGGACAACGCUUCAUUUAAUCCAUUCCCAGAAUCCGCCGUCCUACACGUGGAAGUUUAAGAGCUUGUUCAUCUUCCAUCGGGCAUCGUCCCAGCUCGCAUCCAGUGCUGCCUGGCGGAGCAAAGGCUCUGCUUCGCCUGGGACCAGUCAGACUGAUGGGUGCGGGGUAAACACUCGUCCCAUACAUGGGCCAAAGCCAGCUCCACUAGAGGGUUGUGUUUAGGUUAGAGACGCUCCGGCGGGACAUGGCACGCCGUGCGGUGCAUAAAUCCGCAGCCAGUGUAAACACUUUAAAAGAACGUUGUGACAACGUCUCGUUUACACUCGGCAGGAGAGCGUGGUGUUUGUGUCACCCCUCCCGCCUGACAAGGGUGAACUCUGAGGAGCACUUUGUAUAUCAGCACGACUGGCCCUGUUUGGGACAGAGAAGGGGAAAGAGACUAAUACCAGAGUGUAAGACUGAUGGAGAUCAAUACACAGGGUUCCUGUGCAGGUCCAGAAAGGGUUGAAAUCGACAGGGACCUUUAAUGCGUUGCAGUCAUUGCUGAAAUGCAGAUUGAUGUCAGUAAUGUGCAGUUGCACAGAGCGCUCCUGAGAGCUUAUUUUUUACCUUUAACAUGAUUUUUGCCAUGUUUUACUAAAUGCACGGAGCUUCAGUUUAGCCAAAGACACCCGACUAGUCAACAAGCAGAUAAUCAGCCACUUUUCCCUUUCUUUUGAUGUGCAAACAGCUAAAAACAAACUGGUUCCACCUUCACCAGUGGGAAGAUUUGAUCAUAUUCUUUAUACUCAAUUGGAGCAAACUGGAUAUCUACCAGUCUAGCCAACUCUAAAAUUCCAAGAUGAUGGAAAAGGGUGAAAAAAUACAUCUCAAAACCUACAUAUUACCACAAAAUGAUUGCAAUAUAUGAAAACUGGUCAAAACUUCAAAUAAAUUCAAGAAAACUCAAACUUCCCUCAAACUAACACUUCCCCAAAUGAUUGUAUGUCCUUGUCUGUGGCUGCUGUGCUGUUUAAACUGCAGUCUUUGAGAAAGAAGGAGGUGUAGAGAUACAGUUGGCAGCGAAAGCAGUUUGACUCGAGGCUUGUGUCAGCAAAUUUUCAUUGCCAACCAGGCCGAGGCUCAUUUCUUACCUUUUAUUCCUUCAUUUAGUUCCCUCAUGAUAUUUUAGAAGAAAGUGACUCAGGAGAAAUAAAAAGGUGAGCCGAUUUUUAGCACACUGUCACUAACGUUGACUGUUCUCUGCACAGUAUUGCCACAGUGUAAAUGCACUAUUCGUUUUUUUUUAAGCAGUUGGUAUGUGUUGACUGGCCGUCUCUGUGUGAAUGUCUACAAUACAAACCGUCCUCUCAGACUCCUGCUCAGUUGUGGGUGUUGGGUUUAGAAGAACAAACGCUUAAAGGAUAAUUUUUUUCUUUUCUCCCAUUUUGAGGUGGAACAAGUGGCUUCAGCUUGUUAGCAGUAUGCUGUAAAUCUUUAAUUUAAAGUCAUCCGAGCUGAUGAACUGGGAAGCCGACCUUAAACCUUAAUGACUGAACGCUUGCUCUUUAGCCUAAGCUGAUUCCACCAGUUUAGUUUUUCUUGUCAAUUUCUGACAAAAAUCUACAUAUUUUGUGCUAUCAGGUAGAGUAGCUAAAAAGCAUUGUGGACUUGGCUUCUUUUGAUGAUAUAAUCGUAUUACUCUUCCUGUUUGGGGUUUGAUGAGCUUGUAGUAACACCUCCCCCCACUUCUUUUUUUGCACCAGUCUUUUUUUUAAUUAUUAGCGAUAUGCUGCUUUUUGUAAAUUAUAAUCGAGUUUUCUCUUGUGCUGGAUGUAAGAGUACAGUCUGUGUAAAGAGGGAAAGGGCAGCUGAAAUGGGUAAAGCAGUGGGGAUGUGCUCUGUCUGUAUUUUCGGUUAAAAAGUAGAAAACGUGUUUCACUAUAUUUUAAAUCAUAGUGCAGCCAGACCCAUUAACCUGGUAAAGACUGAACCUUGAAGUAGUUGCCAGAAACUUCUGGUAUAAGGGUUAGGGUUGUAAUAAAGCUAAACUCGCAUAUGAGUUUUAAUUUGUAUCAAUCAUGAAUUUAUUUAAGUUUUUUGGGUGGAAAAAAAUCGCACUGAUGAUGUCGAGGGUUAAAAAUUGUUCUAAAGCUGUGUUCAAGAAGAAGGCGGAGUGCCUCCCCUUUUAAGAUCAAACUUUAUUGAUAAUUUAUUGAUAUUGAUAUUGCUUUGGGAUCGUUUGUGUCCGAAACGGCAAUCUUUCAGCACAGACUCUAAUUGAGGAUGCCAAGGCAAAUUCACAGCUUUGUCGCCUCCAAAAUGCACUUUGGCUUCUUUCUGAACACACAGACACACAAAAAAACCAAGUCCAAAAUUCAUCUUCGAUGUGUUUUAAAGCAUCAGAAAGGCCACAAUCUGCUUACACGAUAUUAAACCUCAGAGAGGGGAAAAAAACAAAACCCAAAGAACUUUAUGAAAUCUAGUUGUAAAAAAGAAAACCAAAUAAAAAAGACAGAAAUCAGAGACGUUGCAGUAAAAUUGCAGUGUAAAAUCUUACCCGGUGACACGGUGUUUUUGAUAUGUUAAAGAUAAUCCACGUAUAGCCUGCUGCAGUUUGAUUCAAUAAAUAAAUAACAGAAAUGUUUUCAAGCAAAGUUUCCUUUUUUUCACGACUGGGUAUUUGAUUUUAGUUGAAUUUCAAAUGUAUGACAACACUUUGUAACUGAGAUCUUGUGUUUAUGUAAAGAAUGAAUCACAAGUUUUGAAUAAAUUAUGAUUUCUCAUUUUUGUUUGAUUUCUUUAUUGUUUCGUUUUACAUCUCAUUAUCUUUUCUAAGUCAUCCACACCAACAUGUUAGCCAUUGUGUGUCAUCUGUAAAGCUCGGUGAAGCCUUUUUUUGUUAUUUCUCACCCCAAACCAUCAUGUUAUAUACAUUGAUUUUAAAGGGAUUUUAGACUGAGCCACAUGUUCUCAUGUGAAAUCUUAUUUUUACUUGCAAGAUCUGAAAUAUAACCUUGAUUUCUGUAUCAUUUAAUGCUAAGCUAUGCACUUAUACUGUUAGCUUUUAUCUUUGCUGUCAGCCCCAUUUUAUUCAGAGCGUGAUGGUGAAAUCCCAACACUGCAACCCGAGCUACAUUAUCAUAACGAGCCAGUUAAAGAAAAUAUGUCCAGUGAGUUACGUCAGAGGUCGCACAUGUCCGUCCUGUGACCGUGGCUUAUGCAGUAUGGCCUACAGAGAAACACAAAUCUGGACAUUGUGUGUAUUUUUGUACAGACUUUCUGGGAGUGGGUUGCUCUCUAUCUUGUGGAUGCUUUCAGCAUUGGUUUCAUUCCCCAGGCUGUGAUCUCUGAUAUUAUAAAUGACUAAAGCCCAGGGCAAAUGUGUGGUAAUUUGCUGUGAAUUUCCCAUUACAAUCUGCAAGCCGAAGUGUUAGGGAAACACCCUGGAUUUGGUGUCACCUCUGUGGUGACAGGCUGUUUAGUGCUGAGACACUUCCUGACCUCGCUGUGAGCUCGUCCAGGCGCUGUGACAGAUUUCAGAUUGGCUUUAUUUAACUGUGCACUUCAGAGAAAGGUUUGAAAAGCGGGAUGAGCGGUAUCCUAUGAGAGGGCAACAGGAUAAUUGUGGCAGGGAAGAAGGGAGGCACUUGACACACAUAGAGUCAGUACAGUUCACCAUGUUCCACAGGAGCAAUAAGGCCGUUCUAAUCCCCUACCUUAUUAAAGCUUUCUUGUUUGCAUUCAAUUUAGAAAAGAAGAAAACCUACUUUAAGUACUUGAGUGCAGCUUAAUUCACGGUGAGACUUUAUAGAUAGCAGCUGAUGUAACAGCGCUACAACUGUUACUUUACAGACUGGCAGCUCUAUCGACGGUUUAUAAGCAUAAAUUGUAUUAAAAUACUAUAAAUCUCUAAGUAUAAAAACUCUAAUGCUGCUGUAUUUAACAUUUUAACAAACUUUUAACAAAAUCAGGUCUACGGCAAAAAUGCUUUUAAAAAUAAAUCUAGUCAGACUUUAUAAUAAUACCGGAGAAUGAAACACAUUUCGACUUUUACAUUUAGGUAUCGUGAUCAGAUGGCCACUUUAAAUAGUCACCCUAUUUUGGUGAAAGGCUUAAAUGAAAUAAGAAAAGUAACAUUUCAAAUCUUAUAUCAACUCUCUUUGACCUUGGAUUUGACCUUCCUAAUAGCAGGGACAUGUUGAAAUACUGCGACAAUGAGAUGCCGACUCUAGUAACAAAACGCAUAGAACAGCUUGCUGUUUAUCUUUUUUUCUCAACCUUUUUAGCUGUUUUCAAAAAUAACGGUACAUUACAGUAGAAAAUGUGUUUCUGAUGGCGCGGUGUGACAAAAGUCCGUCCAUCUCAUCUAACACCACACUGUGUAGUCUAGGCUCCUUGUUUGACAGAAACAUUUUCUAUUUCAUGCAGGGGGAGAGGAUUUCUAGGCCGAACAUGACUCCUCUAAUUUGCUGCCCGGUUGCGAUCCGAGUUGUGUCACAGACAAAAUACGAGACAGUGCUCCACUUUAAAUUAGUCGCAGAAAAAUCCUCCAGCUGUGAUGAAGAAGCUUUCAGGCACAGUCCAACAGUGACACGUAUUUUUUCGUGUCACUGUUUUGUUCAAAAGAAUUUUGCAAUAGCAUGUGUCUGAAUAUUUGAUGUAAAACUGGGAAUACUCGGGGCCCUAUGCAUCCAGUCCGGCUGCUUUAUUCACAUUCACAUUGUUCCUCGGUGUAUGACAUGCUUUCGUGCAAGCUUUAAAAUGCUGAAAAUGAAACCCAGUCAUGUGAAAUGUGUGUGGCCCAAUGUAAACACCUGCUAACGGAGCACUAAAACCAGAAGAGCUGAACUUGCUGAAAGCAACAGACACCCUGUAACAGUCAAGUUAAAUGUUUUCCCUCUUUGUUCCUGCGCUCCGCUUCCAUCCUUCAUCACAUCCCCGCGGAGAACAAAAGAUAUUUACACCUCAGUCGGUUCAGCAGGUAGGUGUCAGGAGUUUGUCUGGGCUGCCUGUCACGAAAAGGGGAAGCGCAUCUCUAAACCAGCUCACGGCGACGGCGUUUCGGGCCUGCAGCCAGUAGCUGAAGAAAUCGCAUUGAUCUCGGGAAGCGCGAGGUGUCUGCUUCAGGGCGUUUUUGUUUAUGGAGGAACAAUAUUCUAAUGAGGAGGUGUUGAUUACAGAGGCGCCUGGGAGGUUUUGAGAGGCUUCAGCAACGCAAAGAUGAUGAUGCUGACAGUUCUGUGCAUGCAGUUUGUAAUCGGGUUCAUGGAGACAAAGACAAGACUGAAUGCUACCGUGCAAUGCUGAAACCGCCUGUUGCCCUCGGGAUUGUUGAGUGUUGGCUGUAACACAGUACGGCCUUUUUUAAUUUCAGUGGGAAUGAGAUCCAAUGUGAGGGUUGUAAAAUGAACAAGUUUGGAAAAUGCAUCUUUGGAAUUCAGGGUGAAAGGCUAAUGAGUAUAAGCUACCUAUUUCUGGGUCACUCUAGAUUGCUGGGAGUGAAUAUCAGAGCUGUACAAUGUUUGUAUAUGCUUUGCAAAUAGACUAUUUAGUUUUUAUUUCAUGUAUAGAGUUAAAUAAUGUAUAUAUAGAUAUAUAUAAGUUAUUAAUCCCAGAACGCUUGAUUUUAUCCCCCUCACAAACAUUACUUCCAGGAUGUUAUUUAAGAUGAUCCACCUUUCCAUCUGUUAGAGGGAUUUGGGUGGUUGCCAGUUUGGUACCUGCUGCCGAAGGCUGCAAAAUUAAACGCAGAAGCAGAUCUCAAAUGCUACGAUCAGCUGUAUGAAAAUAACAGACUUGAGAGUUUCCAUGAAGUGUGCACUUAAAACAGUUGAUGGCUCAUUUUGAGGUCUUAACUGCAGUAUGAGCUGUGUUCUUUAACACGUGGUUUAAAUGUAAAUAUGUCACGUGGCAGUAGCUGAUCCCUGACUGUCGUACCUGAGCGCGGUUUGUAAACGCAGCUUUGUGAGGAAUCCUCCUGUUGUGUUGGAUCUGCUGCUGAAAAACUGUCAUCCUGUAUAUUUCACGCUCUCCUCACAGCUCCCGCAGCGAGCUGUGAGAUUUUCUCAAAUAUGUGAUCUGACUGGGCCAGUCUGACUCUGGGGAGGGAAAAAAACAUUCAGCCGGGAAUGUGUGGCACGCUUCGGCCCUUCAUGUACUCUUAAAACAAGAGAAAGAGGAAGUGACUUGUUUAUGACACGCAGAUGAUGUCUUUUCGUCUCUUCACAGGUGCUUCAUGCUGCUGUACUGUAACAUUUUUAUUUAUUUCUUUUUAAGCUUUGGGUCUCCCACAGCAGAGGCUUAGUUCAUUAAUGACCGUGUCUAAAAAUCAGUGCCUGUUUACAUAUGUAUCUCCUGGAAAACUGCAGUUAUUAAAACAAUCAAACAAUCUCCUUACAGUAUAAUGACUCUGACGUUUUGGAUUGAAGUACAUUGCCUGUUUAUGCAACUUACUUCAACUGUAGGAUUUACGCCCACCUGGUGAAAUAAAGUAAGAUGUAUCUCUAUUUUUAGCUCAGUGUUUGGUCUCCACCACCUCCUUAGGGGGGAAAAAGUGUCUUUACCAGCUGUUUCUAUACAUUUCCAGUUAGUCUCAAAGCAGUUAUAAAUCACUGUUUUAUAAAGCGACAGCUUUAAACUUUGAUUUUUUUUUAGUUUGGGCACAGAAAGAACUGGAGAGACUGCAGUUUGUGCUAAGUGUAGAUGAUAGCAAAGAUUUUGAAAGCUCAUCUUUGGAGUUCGCCUUCAGUCAGCUAUUAUUUGACCGACUGUAGUUUUUUUUUCUUUUCUUUUAACCUCAUGUUGCUUUGAAAACACUCAAAGUUAACAUGUCAAGAAACUGCAGACAAAAAAACAACACCUCACAAACCACAGUGGUGCUAAAUGUUAAUGUAACACCUGGCAGGUGAGGUCUAUGAAAACUUCCUGUUAUGUCACACACUAAGAAAAUCUGCUGUUACAUGGUUACCUUUUAGUUCACAAAUAUGAACAUAAAGAUGCAAAGAAAAAAAAGUACAAACCCUGAUAUACUCAGUUACUCUGAUGACCUCUGAAUUGCUUUUGUAUCAUUUUCAGAGUUCUGCAUUAUGCUUCAGCAAAUUAUUUGCUUUGGGUUUCAUCAUUUUCCUGUGGUUGUAGUUCAAAGCCAUUCAUUUAAAGAUUCAUGGUCACUGCUGUUAUUCCAUCAGUCACGACAGCUGAAUGUUCAGUCUCUGUACAGAGGCUCCUGAACCGCUUUCGAAAGCUGGGAGAGGACAUAAAGAGAAACAAGAACUCCCGCAGCUGCAAACAACCUGAAAGAAACGCUCACGUCACAUUUUACACUGAGAUGCUCAUUUGUUGUGGAAGAAGUCGAAAUACGCCGCAGUCAAAACAUGAAUGUUUAUGGAAUGAGAAACUGAUCCCUGUUUAGGCUGAAAACUGUUUACUGCUGAUAGCGAAACCGCACCGCUGCUUUGUAGUCUGACGUACUGCAAACUGCUCCUAAACGAAGCAGAGCUGACACAUCUGCAUUGUUCUGAAGGUGCUGUGAUCACUUUGCUUGAAACUCACUGCAAUAAAUCUCUCAUCACGUC